AUGGCCUCCGGCAUCUCAACAUUCGUCAGAACCCGCCUCGACCUUGUGGUCUCCCUGGAACAUUCUUUGGAGGUCCAGAGUGGAUGCAUGCGAGGCUGGGAACAUGUUUGAAGAAGUUUCCAGAAUCACAAUCACUAUCAUGUUCCGGUUUAGCCUUCCUGUCUUUCAGCGGUUAGCAACGCAGUAAACAGACAUCUGUCAUCACCUUGCGAACCAGCCUCGGCGCGGCACGUAGAUCAACUUGCUUGAACCUUCCGCCAAGACCGAAGGAAAAACACGGUUUAACGUUUUUCAUAAUGUUACAUUGUUGUUAUCAGCCUUGUGGUUGUUGGUUAGAGGGAUCAUGAUUGUUUUCCAAUGAUUUAAUAACUGUCUGUGUUUAUGUUAUCUUUCUUAGGGCAGAAUCUGAAAUCUAAAUCUGUCAUUGACAUCAGUAGAUGAAAGUCUGAGUUAUGGGCACAGAUCUCAAAUUGGGAUUCUGCCUUCACUGUAUGGCUGGUGUGAGUUUACCUCUCUCUGGUGAGAAAAAGAAUGAGAGAGAGUGAAGAGUUGAAGAGGAUUGUAAAGGGCUGUGUUUGUCUGUCCGCAGGGGGACCGGGGCCUGGAGGGGCCGAGGGGGCCCAGAGGACAGCCCGGCGCUGGAAUCAAAGGAGACAAGGUACAGUAUAGGCUGUAAAUAAACUAAAUCUGCAAUAAACAAACACGCAGUGUACCCCAGGAACACAUAAAGAGCCUUGGGCAGGGAGUGGCCAGAAGCACUGGUGUCUAGGUCUCAUUCAGACUGGGGUUAUAUAUGAGGUCCCUAUUGAAUCUGUGUGGUGAUGAAUCACACAGGGGUAAAGGCCUGGGCGCUGUGCCGUGAGAAAGUUCAUGGUUAAAGUAAAGGCUGAUGUAAAGGGUGCAUCUCAAUGGUCUGAAGUGGCCUCCUCUCCUCGUCUCAUUGCCUUAAUUGAAACUGGUAUUAAAGAUCUGGACAGGUGGACGGAAAGUCCUGGUUCAGAAGGAUUCCUGUCUUUUGCUUUCACCUAGUCUGUGUUUUCAGAUAAAGGGGAGGAGACAAGGAGAGGAAGCUACUUAACACUAUUGAGAUGCAGCCUCAUUCUACCUGAACAAUGUGUGUACUGUCAGAAAUAGAAUCACGGUCACACUGAUUAUGUGAUAUGAAUUGAUGACAUUUAUGCCAUUAUGAAUGAAGCAAACACUGAUAAAAUCCUGGUAGCUGAUGAUCAUUCUAACAUUUCUUAAACGUUAUGGAAAUUGUGUAAUUUACAUGGAAAUUGUGUAAUUUACAUUUACACCUGAGGUGUUUGUUCUUGGCCCGAUUAGUCUUGGCAAGGUUAGCCUUGUUGUGAAAUCCAUCCUUGGGAUAAUGGCAAUACUUUCAUCAUAUAAUGAGGGCAAUCCUUCUGCAAGAAUGCUGCUAACGGUUUGGAUGAAUGUUGCAGUUAGCUAACAUUCUGUGUUUACGCCAUGUACUUUAGCUCUGUUGACACUAUAAAGUGAGUCAAGCUGGCAUUUUAUAGAUGAGGCAUGCGUGUAUUAGUGCUACAAUACUGGGUCGUUGGAUCUGGAGUUGGUUUACUUUAUUGCUAUGAAAAUAGUCAAUUGUGUGAACAUUCUCAAUAUUUAAUGGCAGGGAGAAGAGCAGGAGGAUUUUUAACACAGUAAUUGCGUUAUGUUGACUACUUUCCCUUCAUUUAAUAACAGUUCAUGAAAGGGUGAUUAUCCAAACCAAUGUAUUAGAAUAUGUAGUUUAUGUACAUAUACUGUAUUUCAUGCACUAUUCCUGUAACACAUCUACAAGCCUGUGUUGGUGUAAUUAUAGCUAUGAUGCCAACAACUGCUCUGACUCUCUUUGUGACCCUCAGGGGGGCUUUGGCCCUCCAGGUUUUCCAGGGCCUGUCGGCCUGCCAGGGCUGGGCAUUCAGGGGGAGAAGGUACGUAGGUCACCUAUUCAUUAUUACAGGUUUUACCAAUAGUUUAUGGCUGACUGUCACAAUGUGACUACCUUGUGCUUCCUGUCCUACCAGGGUGUAGAGGGGCCUCGGGGGCCACCAGGGGGCAGGGGCCAACAAGGAGAUGGAUAUCCAGGGCCCAAGGUCUGUGUUUUGAUGGUUCUUCCUUGACUUUACCGUUUUGAUCAAUUGUGGUUAUUUCAUAGUUAGGCUAUCACUAAUGCUAAUGUCUUUGUAUGCCACGGGUGCUCCUCUCAUCCGCAGGGUGACCAGGGCUUACCAGGGGAGGUUGGUUCAACAGGAGAGAGAGGGGCUGGCGAACCUGGGGCUAAGGUGAGUCCUCCUCCAAUGGAAACGCAAUGUGUAGUUUGUCCUCGGUGUGGUGUCACAUUUAGAUAUGUAGUCGAUGCGAUGUGAGACAUACAACCAAUGAUCUCUCUUCAGGGUGAGCCAGGAGCGUCAGGAUUGGCUGGUUUUCCUGGCCUCCCAGGAGAGGACGGGGCCCCGGGACAGAAGGUAUUUCGUCUUCCGCCAUCUCUGCGGCACCAUAGGUUGAUACUGUACCUCUUUGAAUGUGACCAUUGGAUUCAUAUGCUUUGAUUGUGUGUCUGUUUGUGUUUGUCUAUAUAGGGGGAACCAGGUGUUGCUGGUCUGAGGGGGCCAGAGGGAGCUGCGGGGAUUGGCACUCAGGGUGAGAAGGUAAGAAGAUUCCCAGGUUUCCUCCUCAAGAUUUUCAUCUUCAUUCAUCUGGUCAGCUGUGGUAUUCUGAGGUUGGUUUUCUGUGAUGUUUCUUUGACGAUUGAUGUCUCUCCCCACAGGGAGACCAGGGCCAGAGGGGCAUUCGGGGCUUGGGUGGGCCUCCUGGAAUUGCUGGGCCCUCUGGAGCAAAGGUGAGGACAUUGUCCUCAGUUAUCAUCAGUCAACACUCUGUACUGUAGUGUAUUGUGUUCACACUACGAUCUUUGACUUCUAACCUCUGACCUCUUCUAGGGGGAGCCUGGGACACCAGGUCGACUGGGUAUGCCAGGACUGCCAGGCCGAGGCAUCAUAGGACCUAAGGUAACAGCCCUCUGUCCCAAAAUGCCUACAAUUCACCAUGUAGAUGAGGUUUAUGCCAUAUCAUAACCAUGUUGUAACUGUCUCUUAACCAUGUUGUAACUCUGUCUGUCUCAGGGCGACCUUGGCCAACCUGGUCCAGCUGGACCAUUAGGGGAGACAGGCUACGGGCUGCCUGGUCCUAAGGUGGGACACACUACUAGAAUAAUAGGGAAUAAUUAAUAGCAUUUACUUAUUUAUCUGAAUAAUCAGCGUAAUUCAUUGACGAACUGGUAUUUAUUUACUUGAAUCUUGAUGUACUUCUAUUUAAUCACAUAAACUUUUAGGGUGAUCGUGGAGGUCCUGGUCCGUCUGGUCCAUUCGGGCCCAAAGGCGAUGGUUAUCCUGGCCCUACGGUGAGCAACACUGCUGCUUAUUCAUGUGUUGCUGCUAUUGCAUGAGUUGUACCAGAGUUGACCCUAGUGUUUGCCUGUGGUUUGUAGGGAUCUCCUGGUCUACCGGGGCUUCCUGGUGAACCAGGCCUUGAGGGGCUGGGCAUCCCUGGACCAAAGGUAAAGAUAUGGUUCUGUGUGAGGGUGUCAGAGCUGGGUUAUUUUGGCUAGUAACAACAGCCCUGGGUGAACAGAAGGCCUCCAUUAGCAGAGGACAUCAUGAUAUCUGCGUGUUUUCUCCCAUCUAGGGUGAUAUUGGCUUCAGGGGCUUGCCAGGUUUAGCAGGCCCCCCAGGCGAGGGGCAACAAGGACUACCGGUAUGUAUUGUAGUCUAUGACAUGAAGAAGCUAACCCCUGCUAAACAGUUGGCAAAGAAUCAAUCCUAGCUCUGAUGCGAACCCAUUUACCCUUGUUCAGCACCAUGACAAACCGACUGACUCAUGGUGAUCGAUACUACUAUUACCUCAUGCUGGCAGACUCCACAUUUCAGAUCCAUCUUGUACAUGUGAACACCUAUCCCCAGGGAGCUUGUAUUCAAAGGCUGCGAUAAUAAGCGUUUCAUUCUUACGGGACAUUUAUCAUUUUCACACACUUCCACAACGUGUGAAUAUAUCCCAACAUAUGCAUCUAAUGAGAACCAUUGGGGCCAGGGUGCCUAUAACCAACACAAUACCCAGAACCUGCAGUCUAGCUUAUAAUAUUACAUCCAGGUUUCUCUUUAGGCUUUUCAUCUCCUAUAGCCCCAGAAGCCCUAGGGAGCGGGCAGACCUGAGGGUUUGAGGUAGCCCUGUCCGUCACAGCAGUAGGUCUGCUCUCAUAUAGUAAGCUCACUAAUAUGUGUCAGACUAUGAACAGUAAAGCCAGAGACACUCAAGCUGUGAAACUACCUGCUCGUGAAACGGCUGCCCUGUGAAAUCAGGUCACUUUUUAAGUCUAGGUUUGUUAAGUGAAAUGUGAAGGGUUCGUCCCUUAGCUUAGCUUAUUUAGCGUGACUAACUAGGUUUGACACAGGAGGUGCAGUGUGGUUGAGCUGUGUUGUGUUGUACUGACACUUUUUCAUUGCUAUUGUAAAUAUGGUUAUAACUUCUGCUCAUUUCUAGGGUGGCAUUGGGCGACCGGGCCCCCCAGGGCCAACGGGACCCCCUGGGCAGGGUAUUCAGGGGCCAAAGGUAGGUCUCGCUCUUGUUUUCAGGUGGUACUUCUAUAGUAAUUCAAAACAAGCAAGCAAACAAAAUGUUUCUUGUUUCUUUAAAAUGUUGUGUUGAGCAUGUCAAAUAUUCUCUGUAUUUUAUGGACCCUUUCAGGGCGAGGCAGGGUUUCAGGGCGUGACUGGCCCUCGGGGGCCACCAGGGGAAGGAUUCCCAGGGGCCAAGGUGAGGAAAGACACAGUGGUUUGAAGCAUACGGCAGUGUAUUUGAGCUUUUGUGACCUCUGACCUUGUGUUAUCUGGCUCCAUGACAGGGUGACCGCGGCUCUGGAGGGGAGAGGGGCCUGAAGGGGGUCAAAGGUGAUUUGGGAAACCCUGGAGCUCCUGGCCAAUCAGUGAGUCUCGUCAUGGGUCGCUUUUAUAAUCAAUGAAGGGCGAUUCAUUUGAUAACAGGGUUGCAGGCUGUAAUAAACAAUGAACUGCAAUCAGAAUAGAAACUGAUCAGACCAAUGUUUUACUGCUCCCUUUAGGGCAGACCAGGAUUCAAAGGCGAGAUGGGCCUCACAGUAAGUUCUCAGUCUUUAGCCAUCUUUUGAUUUCACAUAGGCUUUUUGAUUCCAUUUAGUCACCAUGUCAAUCCUGAUUUUGACCCACAGAGAGAAGACAUCAUUAAAAUGAUCAAGGAGAUUUGUGGUAAAUAAAACAUAAUUUGUUGUGCUUGUGUAAAAUAAUUUACCAUUGAUUGCAACAUACAGUAGGCCUUGUUGAGAGUGCAUUGGAAAACAUCCUUUCGACGUCAGAAUCGUAUAUCUUUGCAUUAUUUCCAGGUUGCGGCAUCAAAUGCAAGGUGCGGCCCAUGGAGCUGGUGUUCGUCAUCGACAGCUCGGAGAGCGUGGGGCCGGAGAACUUUGAGAUCAUCAAGGACUUUGUGGCGGCCCUGGUGGACCGUGUGACGGUGGGCCGAAACGCCACCCGCAUCGGCCUGGUCCUCUACAGCCUGGAGGUCAAGCUAGAGUUCAAUCUGGCGCGCUACAUGAACAACCAGGACGUCAAACAGGCGAUAAGAAAUAUCCCUUAUAUAGGUGAGGGCACCCACACGGGCACCGCCAUCCGCAAGGCCACCCAGGAUGCCUUCUACAGCUCGCGCAAGGGUGUCAGUAAAGUGGCUAUAGUUAUUACGGACGGACAGACGGAUAAGCGGGAGCCGGUGAAGCUGGAUAUCGCGGUGCGGGAGGCGCACGCAGCCAACAUCGAGAUGUACGCAUUGGGGAUCGUGAAUACGUCGGACCCCACGCAGGCUGAAUUCCUGAGGGAGCUCAACCUGAUCGCGUCGGACCCUGAUAGUGAACACAUGUACCUCAUUGAUGACUUCAACACGCUGCCAGGUAAGGCAAAACGCCAUGUUGGUUUUACAUUGUUGGUUGGGUUAACGUGUUGGUGUAGUUUCAAAAGAGUGAUUCCUCAUGAAACCCAGACAAAAAAAGAACAGGAUUUGGGGGAUUUUCACUAAAUGUAAUCCAUAGAAUAGUCCUUUGCAGGAAGGAUUGUUGACAUAUAUUUCACAUUUGUAUCUAAAAGCAUAAUUGAGAAAUAAUUUAUCAAAGUUGGCAUAUUUAUGACCCAUGAGACAUUUAAGACCCCAUAGUGUUUCAUCUGUAGGUGCUACAAAGCAAACAUUGGUGUCAGAUGAAGCUUUAGGUCUACCCAUUACAAUGUUAGUUGAAUGUUGAAUGGCCUUAGUAUGUAUUGUCCUCCGGAGUUGUUCCUGGUCAGCUGACAUAGUGAAGAAAAACUCCUGCCCCUACAUUAGCAGUAGGUCUACUGUUAUUGUACGGUAUACUCAGUAAAAAUGUACCAAGUUAACUGCAUUAAGUUGCCGUGAAGUCUCAAAGGCUAAUCCCAGUACAAUGUGAUUAAUCACCUGUUCCCAGUCAUCACAACUCCUGUUACUCUGUCGCUCCCUCUCAGCUCUGGAGUCCAAGCUAGUUAGCAAGUUCUGUGAAGACGAGAACGGUGCUCCUAUAUACAACCGUGUCACCAACGGCUACGGCAACAACGGAUACAGGAACGGGAACAAUGGGAACUAUGACAACGGGAACUAUGGCAAUGGCUAUGGGACCACCAACCAGGAGGACUUCAACAACGGGAGGCGAACAGUCACCACUACCGGAACAGGCACUCAAAGUCAGGGUGGCAGGGUAGCCCUAACCCAGCCUAUCAACCCUAGCACUGCCACAGUACAGGUCUUUACAGCACAUGAACAGACAUUUAACAGAGGCACUAACCAGAAAACAACCUACUGUCAAUGUAUAGUUGGCAUGACUUGUAUGUUCCAUUGAACUAAUGAACUUUACUCACUACUUUACUCCAUUGAACUCACUAUAGUAACACUGGGCUUGUUACUCUGUUUCAGGCUUUAAAACUGUCUUUGUGUUUUGUUACAAAUUGACAAUACGGGAAGGGCUUUGUUGGUCCUCAUAGUUUUCCUUGUGUGUUUGUUUUCCUCUGGCUCCAGAUAGGGCAGCGUGAGGGAGGCCAGGAUGGAGGUAUUUACAACCCAGAUUCGGGGACUGGUCGCGGGGACGUUCCCACGUUGAACCGCAACACGUCCUCCUCCUCCAGGGAAUCCUCAUCUUCCAAUACAGGAGGGUCCUCUUCCUCUUCAUCAUCAUCAUCAUCAGGAACAUCAUCUUCAUCCUCAGGGUCCUCAGGCUCUGUCCAGUUAGUGCCUGCACCACGACCCGCACUUCCCAAAGGUAUGUUGGACCCACUGCCAACAACAGCUAUAUCUAUGUAGUCAUAGCAGUCUACCCUGUGUCUGUUCAUUAAACUAAAGGAUUGAAUCAUAUGAGCCGUUCAGAUUACUACAAAGCCUGUUGAAAUCAGUUACUGAAUGAUUCCAACUGAAAUUGACCCCAAUUGUGUUGACGCUUUAGCUAUAUCUGCCAAUGAACAGAAUCAGUAUACUAGUGUGCCGUGGCCCUUACAUCCUGAUACAACGUCUGUUUCUUAAGUGGGCCUUCACUAACAGCCUUCUCUCUUUGUUCUGCCGGGUCAGAGUUUGUUCCUCUGGACCCUCGCUGUGCACUGGUCCUAGACCAGGGCCCGUGUCGGGACUACAAAAUGCGCUGGUACUAUGACAAGCAGGCCAACUCCUGCGCCCAGUUCUGGUACGGCGCCUGUGAGGGAAACCAGAACCGCUUCGACACGGAGGAGGAGUGCAAGAGGACAUGUGUGCAAGGCCGAGCGGGUACUGUAUAGCUCAUCUUUCAAUGAUUUUUGGAUUCCGUUUGUUGAAUAUUCAUCAAGUAUGGGAUUUUGUAUGAUUGUUUUCAUGUGUUUUCUUCACAACAGGCUGAGAAGCCGCAUCUGCUGUGCAUCCGUCAUUGUCUCGCUCAAUUCAGUCUUUAAACUGAUGUUCCAUGGCACCAUGUACUUCACAAUGGAUGGAGGUCAAGUCAUGACACUAUGUUGUACCAGUUGAAUAAAUGCUCCUUUGACACUCCCUAGUUCCCCUCUCCCUUGAACUAAAACUCUAAGCACUUAUUAUAAAUAUUCCUAUACUAAUUCCAGUGACUGAUUUGAACUUUAAUUUUACCUCCAAUCUCUGUAUAAUGUUUCAUUAAAGGUCCAAUGCAGCCGUUUAAAAAAAAUCUCUAUAUCAAAUCAUUUCUGGGUAACAAUUA